AUCGCUCAUAUUUAGUGUGCCGACGGAGCUCGUGUUUGUCGGAUCGGCACGCCGCGUUCAACGGCCACACAGGCAAACGGCAGUAAUAGGCCAGUUUUGAAUGCUUUACUUCACAAAAAAUAAUUUCUUGUUUAAGUUUGUAAAUCCUUCCGGAUGCAUGCAGCUUAUUACUACUCUUAAAUCGAUGGUCCACGAGCAGUAGCAAAAACAGGUGAUGCUGUAUAUCUCAUCAUCGCUAAAUAAACUCGAUCGCGUCCAAAAUGCCGUACUAGACUGAUCAACUACACCGGUUGGCGUGUGCAGGUGCUGGAAGCAAUACAUCAUCACCAAACAACCGAAAGCAUCUUCUAGUGAUUGCAAGUUAGUUUCUUCUGGAAACUUUGAAUACCCUGUAAGACUGAGGACAUUCUAAUCCUGCACCAUGGCACGGAAAACAACACACAUUCCGCUCGUGGCGAUAGUUCUUGCAUCCGUCUGUUCUAGCCUUGCCGCACCGAAGGCAGGUGGUUUGGAGCUUAUCAUACUGCACAACAACGAUAUGCACGCGCGGUUCGAGCAAACUGGCGCGUACAGCAACGACUGUCAACCGUCUGAUGUGGCCAGCAACCGUUGCUACGGAGGAUUUGCUCGCGUAGCGCACAAAGUUCGCGAAUAUCGAGCAACUGAGGCGUCUGGUGGUCUUCCAGUUCUGUAUCUCAAUGCCGGCGAUACUUACACCGGGACGCCAUGGUUUUCCGUAUUCAAGGAUAACAUCACCGCUGCAUUCCUUAACAUACUGAAACCCGACGCUAUCUCCCUCGGUAAUCAUGAGUUCGAUCUGGGCGUGGAAGGAUUGGUUCCGUUCCUGAACGAGGUUGACUUUCCUGUGCUGGUCACUAAUCUUGACCUGUCAAAAACGCCUGAAAUGCAAACGAGCGGAUCGUUACAACGUUCCAUCAUUUUCACGAAGGCGGGCGUACGGAUCGGUGUGAUCGGAUAUCUGACUCCGGAAACGAAACAACUGGCCCCUAUCAACACUGUCGAGUUUCUGGAUGAAAUAGAAGAAAUCAACAAAGAGGCAACAUCACUAAAAAAUCAAGGUGUCAAUAUUCUGAUCGCCCUCGGACACAGCGGGCUGGAGCGCGACAAAGAGAUUGCUGCACAGUGUCCCGACGUAGAUCUUGUCAUCGGGGGCCAUUCGCACACCUUCCUCUAUAGCGGUACCGCGCCGGACGUGGAAGAUCCGGCCGGCCCAUAUCCGGUGAUGGUGAAGAACGCAGCCGGAAAGGAAGUGCCUGUAGUGCAGGCGUACGCGUACACCAAAUAUCUCGGCUAUCUGCAUCUGCAGUUCGAUGCGGAAGGUAAUCUGAUCGAGCUGGACGGAACGCCUUUACUGCUCAACGGAACAGUAGAGCGUGACUCGGACGUAUUGCAGCUGCUGGAGCUGUACCGACCGGGCAUCCUAGCGCUCGACGCACAGAUCGGCCAUUCGAACGUGUUUCUCGACUCUAGCCGGUGUCGGUUCGAGGAGUGCAAUAUCGGCAACAUGAUCGCCGAUUCGCUGGUGAUAACGUAUGCGACGACACGCGAACAGAGCAACGACGGGUUCUGGACUGAUGCUGCCAUCGGGUUCAUACAGGGCGGUGGCAUACGAGCGUCCGUCAAUGCCGGUCCGAUAACGAUGAAAGAUCUCAAGACGGUGCUUCCGUUCGGCAAUGCGAUGGUGGUGACGGAUAUUACGGGGGCUCAGCUGCGUCAGAUGCUGGAGCAAAGCGUGCACAGGUACGAUGGGGUGUCCGGGUACGGGGAGUUUCUACAGAUGGCGGGUGUCAAUGUCGAGUACGAUCUAUCGCGCCCUCCAAUGCAGCGUGUGGUACAUGUGAAGGUACGGUGCGCCCGGUGCCAAGUACCUGCGUACGAGGAUCUGCAGGACGAUGGGCUCUACCGCGUCAUACUGAGCCAGUUCCUGUACGAUGGAGGCGAUGGGUACGAAAUGUUACCCGGCUCACCGAAACAGCUGCUCACCUUCGGUGAAUAUGAAAUAACGGAAGAAUAUCUGAAGCGCUACUCGCCGAUUUAUCCAGCGAUCGAAUGGCGCAUUCGGAUGCAGGGACAACCGGACGUUACCACGACUGACGGUCCGGGGGGAGCCAGCACUACCACCAUGAUGACGACCACUACCGAGAAGGACAAUGGUGCGGGGCGCACCCACAGCCUAACGAUUUUCACCGUUGGAAUGACGCUAUUGGUCACACUGCUGUCUCGUCAACUAUUGUAAAAACUCGUUUAUCAAGGUGGAAUACUUGGAUUUCAAGCAUUUUCAAGCCUUAACUUCGGUUACAGUUGUCAAUGAAACCAGUAAUCUACAUAAAUCUUGUGCAGAAGGAUGCUCUUAACUUUUAUUGAUAAGACUGUUUGACCUUUUGUACUAGAUUUCAUGUAUCUUGUUGUUUUCGCACAAAAAAAACCAAGGCUAUGGAUUGAAAAUUGUUAGCAAUCGAAGUGUUCCUGGAUUUUGAUUACUGGAUACGUAGAUUAGUAAGGAUUCAUAAGCACGAUCCGGGGAUGUGUAUGUAUAGUGUACAAAAGGAAAGGGUAUUUCCCAAGUGGGAAGCACACACACGAUGAUUUAAAGCACGAGUAAGCGAACAAAACCAGACACUUAUCGGACUUCUCAAAUUUCUCUCUUUGAGAUUGAAUUGUAAAGGUAAAGCUAUUGUAGCUUUCAGAAACAAAGUACAAAAAUAAAGCAAUAUUGAAAUACGGCUACGAAUCGUGGAAGCACAAUGAAGCAGCAUGGUAUAACAAAACCAAAGGUAUAAUGAAACCUAAUGACACACUUAAUUGGCUCUAAUGUAUUAAGGCUUUACCUUUACCUACAUUACCUUGCAAUACAAUAAGCCUCAAUUUAGAGUUGCGUGUAUUGUUUGAUAAAUAAACGAAGAACACGUUUAA